AUGAUGAAUAAUACUACCGAAUACCCAUCUCAAAUAACUGAGACGAUUUAAGGAAUCACUUUUUCGAGUGCAUUUGAUUCUGGUAAUCUGAAGAGUGUUCGCAGAGAAAAUAGUGGAAGAGUAAGUAAAUUACAAUAUUAUUAAGUACAUCCUAAAUAUAUCAAGUGAUUGGGGUAUAAAUGGUAGGACAACGAAUUAUAGAACAUGGUUUUAUUUCUCAGUGUCUGGAGUCAAUGAAGGAGAACUCACAUUUGUUGUUGCCAACCUAUAAAACUAAGUAACUAUUGAGAGCAUCUUCUUAGAUGGGACUUUUUAAAGAUGGAAUGUAGCCAGUCUUUAGAAAUUGUCAUUCCUCUUAAUGGGAAAGAUUAAAAUAGCCAUGCUACUACCGCUUAGUUCCAGAGGGUCAUUUUGAAAUAACUUUUAAGCAUCUAUUUCUUAAUGAUUCAACAGUUUAUUUUGCUUUUUUUUAUCCAUGGAGUUGCGAAGACAACGAUGUAUUUAAAAUAAAUAGUUAUAGAAUUUUCUAUAACUAUGUUAAGCUAUGUCUCUUUAAGUAACUGACAUUUAUUAUGAUAAUUCGAUACUGGCUUACUCAAAGGAGGGUAGACCUAUCAAUCUAAUAACAAUAACAUAAGGAUCAUCAUAAAUUAAGGAAGAACCCAUACCUGGUUUAUUCCCAUAGAGUAGACCUUAGCACUUCAAAAAACCACACAUUUUUAUUUCUGCUAGAGUGCAUCCUGGAGAAGUGCCAGGAUCGUUUGUGAAUAAUGGAUUGAUGAAGUAUCUGCUCAAAGCAAAUGACCCAGUAGCGUAAGUGGCCAGGGAGAAAUACGUUUGGAGUAUUGUUCCAAUAAUUAAUCCUGAUGGAGUCUAUAGAGGACAUUAUCGAACUGAUUCCUUAUGUUAAAAUCUGAAUAGAUAUUACCUAUCACCAUCAAAGGAGGACCAUCCAACUAUUUAUGCAAUUAAAGAAUACAUUAUGCGACUUCAAAAUACAGAUAGGUUUUAUGCAUACAUAGAUUUGCAUGCUCAUGCUGGUCAUAAAGGUGUAUUUAUCUAUGGGAAUUAAUUACCUUCGUUAAGUCAACAUACAUCGAAUUGCAUUAUUCCUAGAUUGAUAAGCUUAUAUUCGGAAAUCUUCGAUUACGAUGCAUGUAAUUUUACUGAGAAAAACAUGUAUGCUGCUGAUAAAGGAGAUGGGUUAAGCAAGGAAGGGUCUGGGAGAGUGGCCUUUUAUAAGAUUUGUGGAAUUGUUCAUAGUUAUACAUUAGAAUGUAAUUAUAAUACGGGAAGGAUUACCAAUAUUAUGUAUGAAGAGAGUGCAAGUAAAGCAUCAUAUUUAAUUUAAGAUAAUUUAUACAAAGAUGAAUAAUUAGAUGAUAAUGUUGUUCUGGGUUCUGUAUACACUUCGAAUCCAAAAUCAUAUUUUUUUACAAUUUAAGAUUACGAAUAAGUUGGAGUUGGAAUAGUGAAUGCCUUUUUAGAUUUCAAUCUUUUAAACCCUAUGAGUAGAUUGUCAGCCUCUCCUUUUAAAACUUUAGCUAAUUUGAGAACCUUUUUAGCAUAUAAUAUAAUGAGAACGAUGCAUUAUAGAUAUGAACCAUAUUUAAGGAAGAUAUUAAAGUAAUUAAGUUAAUAAUUAUAAAGGUUUAUUAAUAACAAAGAAUAAGUCAAUAGGGUAUUGAAAGCUUUUUAUGAUUAUAUAUGUAGUGGAUAGAUUAAAGAUAAUUUAGAAGGUAGUUAAGAAGUUGUUGUAUAAAAGCCAUAGACUAGGUAUUAAAAGGCUUAGGAAAUAAAGAAAGAAAAAUAAGAGAAAUAAUAAAAAUAAUAGUAAUAAUAAUAAUAAUAAAAAAUUUAAUAAUAAUAGUAAUAGCAAUAGUAAUAAUAAUAGCAAUAAUAAUAAUAAUAAUAGUAAUAAUAGCAAUAAUAAUAAAAAUAAUAGUUCAGAAAAUCUUAAUAUGAAUAAGUACCUGUUAAAUAAUAUCCAUUCUCUGAAGUAGAUUUAGAUUCAAGACAAAUGAGAACUUAAAGUUAAGGGAAGGCAAGGGCUAGAUCCGAAACAAAAUAAUAAUAGUAAGUUUAAUAAUAAUAAUAAAAACCAUAGAGGGCAUUUAAAAUUAAAAGAAAUGUGAAAAUAUGA